UCUGUUCUCAUGGUCGGUUGGCCCGCCCAGCUGCUCGCUACCAAGGCUGCCGACCUAGCGAUAGUCUGGGGCCUUGGUUCGCGCCAGUGCCCACCGUGCCCCGACUGCACUGUCAACUGCCCGACGGCCACUUGCUCGACGCCGUCGAUCAACAUCACCUGCCCGACCUUCUCUUGCCCGUCUUUUGCCCCGCAGUCGGCCGAGGGUGCGGGCUGGUCAGGCGUCUUCUUCUUCGUCGCAGGCCUGCUCGUGGGCUUCGGAGUAUUGACUUGCACUGGUCUCAUAGGUGACGUGGUGCUGGUCAGGUACGACCUGCCUGGCCCGCCGCUCUGGCACGAGCGUCUCAUCCUCACGGUGGGCGCGCAGCCAGGGCACUACGCGGUGUUGACGCCUGACGGCGACAUUUUUGUUGAAGAGCUUCGACCAGAUAAUGUUGAUAUUGCAGAGUUUCGCGCUGCACCAGGACUGGGAGUACCGCCGCAGGAUAUCCCACUGGCCAGCGUGCAUCGGUUCCGUGCAGUGCCGACCACAGCCGAGAUGAUCCAGCACGUGCGAGACGGAGCGCUUCAGGCAGGCGUACCUGUUCCAGCGGCGCCGGCGGCGCCUGUCGUGGGCGCGCCUGGUGCAGCGCCUGGCGCCCGGCAUCCGCCGCUGGGGCCAGCAGCUCCGCCCGCAGGGGCGUUGGUGGCCGUGGCUCCUCCGAUGGGGGCUCACCUCGGCCCAGCCGCGCCGCCGCCCGUGGGUGCAGGCGGCGCGGCCGCUCCAGGCGCGGCUGCUGCGGCUGCUGCGGCGCCAGGGCCCGCUGGCGCAGCGGCAGUGGCGGGUUCGCCGCUCGUGUGGGUGGCGGCCGAGGACACUCAGGACAUCGCGAAGGGGACUCAGAUUCCGACACUUCCUGACGCCGCUGUGACAUGUGGCGACAGAGGCAUCAUCCCCUACGGCAUCGGUCACUUGUUCGUGCAGCGUAUGGCAGAGGCCGACAUCUAUAGGUACGUGCAUGACGAUCUCAGGGUGCUGCCCGUGGUCGUCGACGCGUCGGGCGAGCGUAAGGUCAGCUUCGCGGAGGCGGUGUCGGCCAUGGAUCCAACGCCCCCGAGAGGCGGUCUAGGCGGCACGAAUCCUGCGCUGGCGCAGUACGUGGCAAACCAGCUGAAGGACCAGGAGAUCUUCCAGGCCUGCGCGGCGGUGGCGUCUUACAGCAGCGGCCCCACCAGGCUCGCGCUCCACAAGAGCUCGGACCCUUCCAUGCCCAUCGACACGGCCAGGCGGUCGCGGGGGAUCGACCUCGCGAUCUUUUUCCCUUGCCUCCAGUUGAUGCCAGGCGUGAUGUGCCUGAGCAAGUUUUGGCUUCUGAUCGAGCCCUCCAGCGCCGAGAGCGGCGUCAUGCGCACAGACAUCUCCUACGCUUCGGAGGAGGUCGAAGAUCACAUCACUCCAUUCUUUGUCGACAAGAAGGGCGUUGCUCUGCGCAUGGUUCCACAAGGCCAAGUUUUGUACGGUGCUCUGUCGGAUGUCAGCAAUUUUUUCUACUGGCUCGUGCUGCCGCACUGGCUCCGCAAGUACUUUGGCCUGCCAACAGUCCCCGUGGUCCUCCCCUACUGCGACAACUUGAUAGUCAUGGGCACAGACAAGGACUCCGUCAGUAAUGUUAAGAGGUUGGCAGUCGAGCAGCUCAGACGUGUGGGCUUCCAGGUACACGAGGAGGUGGAGGUUACAACCUUUUUCGAGUCCCUGGGCUACCUGGUUUUCAUGCACGAGAACUGGAGCCUCAAGAGGCGUCUCUGGCAUUCAGCCGCGCUGGAGUGUAAGUGGAUAUCUGUGUUGCUGCCGCUCGCUUGGGCGGACCUGAGGAUGCCGUGGACUUCGCAGGUAAAAGCUACAGAUGCCUCGCUGUCCGGGUACGCCGUGGGCAAGUCUCUCUGGAAUGUCUCAGAUGUGGUGGAGGACCUCGAGACGGUGAAGCCCAUCGUCGACCGCUUCGAGCCCUCCCCCUACGAGCCCAACUACCUCUUCAAAGAGAUCCCCGAGGGCCUCCUGCAGGACUCCAUGUGGAAGACUAGCUACGCGGCGCCCUUUGUGUUCAAGGAAGGUAUUGGGGAUCUGGAGUCUCGUGCUACGGUCUCUGGCGUUAAGCAUACUCUGAGGCGCGAGAUGGUCGGCUCGAUCGGCAUCCGUGCGUCACGCUCGCCAGAGACGCAGGUCGAGACGUUCCUGGAGGCGAACGCCGUCACGGAGCGGACACAUGCCAUGUACGUCAAGAGGGUCGCGGACUUCGAGAGCUGGGUCUCGGCCAGGGGCCUCAAGCUCACCUCCGCCAAGCUGGUGGACUGCGCGCUGGUGGACUACCUGAACCAGCUGUGGAUCGACGGCGCGGACAUCGGCGAGGCGACGGGCACCUACGCGGCCUGGGUCAAGCUUCGCCCCUCCUUCUCCAAGAAGGGCCCCGACAAGCUCGUGAGGACCAUGAAGGCGCUGCAGGGCUUCAACAGGCUGGACCCCGGCAGGACCAGGCCGCCGCUGCCGCUGGCGUUUGCAGCACUCAUAGCGGUGGAGCUCGUCGGCAUGGGCCUCGGCGGCAUGGCGCUGGCGGUGAUGCUCAUGUUCUCGGCAUACUUGAGGCCGAUCGAGCUCCUCUCGCUUCAGGUGUCGGACGUGCUCGUGCCGACCCAGGGCAGCCCGUACUACGCGAUCCACCUUCACCGUGCGGAGCGAGGUCAGCCCAGCAAAGUUGGCCUGUACGACGAGACGCUGCUGUUGGACUCGUCGGCGCUGCCGUUCCUCGGAUACCUUCUGGACGCGCACCGGGCCGCGGCUGCAGGGCCAGCACUGUUCGACUUCGAUUACCGGAGCUUCAACGAGAGUUUCAGGACAGCUGCGAGGACCGCAGGUCUGGCGGCCAUCAAGCCCGACUUGUAUCAACUUGGUCACGGCGGCCCCUCGCACGACAUCCUGAACCGUCUUCGCUCGAAGGCAGAGGUGAAGGACAGAGGCCGCUGGAGGGACGAUCGCUCAGUUCGACGAUACGAGGCGCACGGCAGGCUGCAGCUCCAGGAGAAGCUGGUCUCAGAGGCGACACAGAGCCGCGCGGCAGCAUGCCUGGUCGACCUCGAGGCUCAGCUCCGGUCAAGUAUGCCGCAGUUCGCCCGUGCCGUGCCAUCUUCCAAG